UGCCAUUGUAUAGUGCGCGUGAACCAAAGCGAGAGGAGUAAGCAAACAGCAAAGAAGAGUAUGGCGAGUGGUGGCGCUAGUGUGAUGAAGCGGUGCACCGUAGCUGCACGGUGGUUGAUAAGAGGAGCGUCGACGGAGACGCCGUGUGCUUCUUCUGCCGGCGUAACAGGUCCGAUAGUGUGCGGACGCGGUGAUAAAAAGACAAAGAAAGGGAAGAGAUUCAAGGGAUCGUAUGGGAAAUCUCGUCCGAAGAGAGAACAGAUGAUAGAACGAAUCAAAGAUAAGGUUGAAGUUCCCAGGUCUACUCCUUGGCCUCUUCCUUUCAAGCUCAUUUGAUUUCAUUCCAUUUGCCUCCAAUUGUACUAUUCCAAUUUUUAGGGUUUUGUCUAUCCAUGCAUGUACUUUCAAUGCCAUUUUCUAGUUCAAUUGAAAUUUUAAUUUUGAUACGUUACUGCUAAGCUGAGUACCGCUACCUGUUUACUUUACUCCAGUUCUUUUUAAUUUGAUCAGUUUAUUUAUAAUAAUAUUUUGUAAUGAAUUACUCGUCAAUUGUAUUUUUUGUUUUACUGUAUAAACCUGAAAUUCUACCUUGAA